AGAGAGUAGAUCGAAACUUGUCAACGCGAAUAAUGAAUCUUCCAUUUUCGAUGGAUCUCAUUAGGCGAGUUUGACACGUUUUAUCGGUACGUGAUGAGACGAUACGCUCGACGAUUUGUGUCGUCCGCGAUUUCCUCGAUAAUAAUUUAAUUACGGAAGGAUUGGUCGAUUUCGAAAGCGUUGCGUACGUAUACACGCAUAAUUAAACGAUAAUACGAUAAACGAUCGUCAACUUUCUCCACGCUCUUGCCGCGCAAUUUUCCCAGGAAUUUUACGAUAGGAUCCUUCGCGCGGUUUUCGUGAAGUAUCGAUUUAUCAUAUUCGCGAUAGUAGUUGGCGAAUACUUGUCGGUUGUACGUUUCAAUUAGCAUAUUUUUGCCCGACGUACCGUGUCACUCCCGUUUACCGAUAAUUCAUCCUUAAAUCAUUCGUCCGAUUCCUCGUUAACGAGUGUAAUGAGAUUUAGGCGGCAUCGUAAUAGGCGGUGGUCUCGUUGUUUUAACGCAAAGGACGUAUUUCGCGUGUAAUUUGGUGUAGUUGCGAACGUUGGCAACCGGCCAGCGAUAUGUAUACGAGAGCUUUCAACCAGAUAUUCAUACGAUGCGAGAUUUUAUAGUGGACAACCAGUCCGGUGAGAAGCUGGAAUUAACAAGAGUGGACAGGAAGCAAAUGGGAGCUUAUCUUUGCAUAGCGAAAAACGAAGUGCCCCCGGCAGUCAGCAAAAGAGUCUAUCUAAGGGUAAACUUUCCACCUAGCGCAAAGGUUCCCAAUCAAAUAUUAAGCUCACCUCUGGACACGAACGUAUCGUUGGUCUGUUUGAUCGAAGCUUAUCCAAAGACGAUUAACUUGUGGACCAGAAAGGAACAAGUUAUUAUGAGCGGUGGUAGAUACGAAAUCGACGAACGGGGACAUCCGGACGAAGAAUGGAAGACAACGAGCGAACUGAAGAUAAGCCGUUUAGAGAAAACGGAUUUGGGAGAGUACACGUGUUCAGCGUCCUCAAGCAUGGGAAAAGCCGAGGCUACCCUUAGGGUUUACGAAAUCGAACGAGCAACCAUACGGACCACCUCGGCCAGUUGGAAGUUGAGCAAGGGAAAAUCAAAGUUUGCUCAAGUUACUAAGAAUCGAGUUUUUCAUCAGAUGAGUACACCAGCGAUGCAAAAAAGUACCGUGAGAAUCGUUUACAGCAAACACACGAUCACUUCGACAACGGUAAAUCCACGCGCGCCUUUCGUCAAAGACGAGAACUUAUUCAAGAAUCGCGACAUCUCGAACGAGAGGAAUUGUGCCAAUGCGAAGAACGAUAGCGGUAUGCGAGUUUAUGUCGUCUGCUUCCUCUUCUUCCUUACCAUUCGAUAAAUAUUAUCAACCAAUCAGAAUGAUCGCGAGAGAAGAACUCUGUCGAUACGUUAGACGAACGAAAUGCAAAUAUUACGGGUGUUCGUUCGCGUUUCACGCGUAUUGGAGUGAACGAGAGAUCGAACGAUUGCGAAUCGUCGAGAAAUAACCGCGAUUUUCAAAGUUCAUAUUUCGUUUCAUUUCCAGCGACGAUACAGCGAACAAAUCGACCCCCCGCCCCCUCCCCUCCUCUCUCUGAUGUAUAUUUUUCGCCAAGAUAAUAAUUCGUGGCGAAUAAUGUUGCGAAUUUGAAAAGAUAAAUGCUUACGAAUGUAUUUUUUAUGACCCUUUUAUCCGUUUUGGAAUACGGGGAAAAGAAUAAAGUCGUGAGCGAAGUGUGUUCUUUAGUUCGACUAUAAUAAAAUGUAACAUUGUCGAGUAUUUUUUUAACAAUGAACAAAGUGAAAGAAAUACAAGAUUUCUCGUUGAAAAUUAUUAUUUACGAUUUGUGGAAUUAUUAGAAGUUACGAUGUAAUUUUUAUAACUUUAGCAUCGAAAGCCUUACACAUGCAGGGUGUCUAUCUCAAGUGGGCCACCAGUGUCAUUCACGAGAUCAUCGUUCGACAAAUACGAGGAAAAAAACUUAUACUUUCGAUUGAUUAGUCCACACUUCGGAAUUAUUUCAACAAUGGCAGUGGCGAUCCAAUUAAAAUGAACAUCCUUUAUAAUAUCUCUUUACGUCGUAAUAUAUAUAAUUAUUAUCAACGAUUAAUUAUAUUUCCAAGUUCUGCAAGAAUCGCGCUUUAUCGCGAAUUGAUGCUGUUUAAUCAACUAUUCGAUUAUACUCGAACACAGACAAAUAAUUAGCAUACUAAUUUGUACGUAAGGGGUAAUGAGAUAAUAUCUUUAUUUAUCGGUACGAUAACAGAGUGAAUUGAGAUUGUAAGUGGCAUCUUAACGAAUGUUAAACACGUCAUAUCUAAGAUUCAUAUCCGUAGGGCGCAUAAUACGGUAUUAUAUAUAUUUUAGAAAGAUAUUAGACCUUACUUUUAUUAUUUUAUGUAUUUUUUUAAUUAUCCGUAGACACAAAUAACGUACCUCAUAUGCCAACGAUUAAACGAGACCACAAUCAUAAGUAUAAUCAAUCGGGUUCACUGCGAGGAAUCUAUUUAAAUUUUAUCACGCGAUCAUCUUUAAACCAUUUUUCAUAUAUGUAUCUCGUAAUCGAUUGAUUAUCGUUAUUUAUCGUUAUUUAAUAUUUUUUCAUUUUUUCUUCUUUCUCAAUUUUUUUUUUAAUUCCCAUAUACAUCUAUAUAUACAUAUAUAUUAUAUAAUACGUAUUUUUUAUAUAAAUUAUUUGUGAUAAUAUUACGAAGAAAAUAAUUUUCCUUCGAGAAAUCGACAAUAAGCGUUCCUAAUAGGUUGUGCUUUCUAUCAUUUGUCAAUGUUCCUCGCAAAACCGCAAUUCAUACGUUACUCUGUAAUUAUGAUCUAUUUGCGAAAUAGUGCGAUUAGAAAGUCUCAAUGUUUUUUACCGGAUAACAUUUUUAAUCCGAGAACGUUGAAGCUUUCUUCUUGUACCGUUAUUAUCAUGAAUGUCUUCUAUUACAGAGUACAAACUUUAGUCUCAAUGCGUGGCUUAUUAUUAUUAAUAAUAUAAUAGUAUUUAUUCGCGAAAUAAACAAGAAAACACAUAUGUUAAAUACAUUUAUUUAACAAAUAUUGUAUAUCGUAAAACACUGCUCAAUAUAACGACUUUACAAUAACUAUAAUAAAAGAAUGUUGUUGUUUAUAGAAAAAAAAAAUAUAUUAUAAAAAUAUGAUGAAAAAUGUGCUCAAAUUGGAUAAUUAUAUAGCUUUGGAGAAACCAACAUGUUGACAAAUAAAACAUACCAUGCAACUAG